GUAUCACUUUGUACUAAGACACGGCCAAGAUAAGGCGUCCAUUUGCUCGAGAAAAACCGCGCGAAAAUAACUGUCAAAAUAAUUAAAAAUGGCUGCCAGGAAUUAAGAAAAGAAAACCAGUGAAAAGUUGAAAAUUUACUGUUUAGUUUAUAUUUUUAAGAAGUUUUUUAAAUUUAAAAUGAGGUUAUUAGUGGUGCUCCAUUUAGUGUUGUGUGUUUCCAAGUAUUAUGCGAAUGCAUUAUCAUCAGAAGAAGUAACAGAAGUGACAGAGUCGUGUUGCGCACACGGCGAAUACUUCGCGACCACAGCAUCGACAGUCCAGCAGUGCAACGACGCAGAGCCCCCUGAUGACGUCGACCCUGGACAGCUGGUCACCUGCUUGGCUGGCUUGAGGAGUUGCUGUGAGCAGUUCUUUAAAUUAAAAGAUGAAUGUAAAGCUGGUUUGGCGUUUGCACCUUCGAAAAGAUGCGGGGUGCCGAAAACAGAAACGGGGAAGACAUGCUGUGAGGAGUGUUCUAUCGGUCGGUGGACGGGGGAGUCGCAGGGGAAGGAGGGGUGCGGGGGACCGGCAGACCAGUACGACAGUCCCACUGCUGGGCUUAGGAAGAACGCUUAUUAUGACUGCUGUGUAGAAGCAGCAGAAAAACCAACGACGACGGAGCCGCCGCCACCAACAACUCCAAAGAGACCGGAGACCACUCCGAAGCCUCGCGAGAAGUGCACGCCCAGCUCCUGCGACCACGUGUGCCGUGAUGAUGACGGGAAGAUACGCUGCGAGUGUAAUGAUGGCUACAGGCUGCAGAGCGAUAAGAAGACUUGUAAAGACAUAAACGAAUGCGCAGAAGCAAUCGACGAUCUGUGCACGGCUGAGGGCUCGGUCUGCCACAACGUGCCGGGCACAUUCAAGUGCGUGCCCAUCAAGAAGAGAGAGACUCCCAGCAUCUCCUGCCCAGCCGGCUUCAAACGCAACGUGCAGAAUCAAGUGUGCGAUGAUAUAAACGAAUGCCAGUCUCCUCGACCACCGUGUCCAAAGUACCUCUGCGAGAACACGAUAGGCGGGUUCAAAUGCGCCGGCAAACCAGGCAAGCCUUAUGAGGAGGCUGCCCCGGGGGCGGCCACACCACCACCAGACACCACCCCCAAGAAUGAUAUCUGCCCUCCCGGAUUCCGAGCGGGCCCCACUGAUGAGUGUCUUGAUAUAGACGAAUGCGAGGAGCACCUCGACGACUGCCAGCGUCUCUCGCAGCACUGCAUCAACACACACGGCAGCUUCUUCUGCCAGGACCACGUCUCCAAGCGCUGCACGCCAGGGUUUAAAGUCAACAAGGUCACGGGGAUCUGCGAAGAUAUCGACGAAUGUGAAGAAAGUCCAGAGGUAUGCCAACGAAGCGAGGUUUGUGUCAAUAUGCCUGGAGCUUACACCUGCAAGUCCAAGAUCAGCACAUUGCCUAAACUUGAUACAUCCAGCACAAGGGCUUGUCAAGAAGGGACAAGAAUGAGACCAGGUGGAAAUAUUUGCGAAGAUAUCGACGAGUGUCGUGAAGGGACGCAUCUGUGCGACCAGUUCCAGAAGUGCGUCAACACGUAUGGUGGUCACGAGUGUCAGUGCAAGAACGGCUUCGAACUCGACUCUUCGGGAUCUUGCGUUGACGUGGACGAAUGCCUGCUCAAGCUAGACAACUGCAAAGAAGGCACGCACUGCCUCAACGUGGUGGGCUCGUUCACGUGCACCAGGCGAGCGCCCACCACGUCCACCGCCGCCGCUCCGGCUGCUUACGACUACGAGUAUUAUGACUCUGAUGAAGAGAACACAACCGGAAACGAUCCGAACAAAAACGAAGUGGUGCCACCGACGCCGCCUCUACCACCAAGACCUGUUGACCCUGAGCCUAAACCAAUUACUUCUACUACUAUCAAGCCUGUCACACCCCCUAGACCAAUUCCAACAACGCCUAGUCCUGUCCCGCCAACAACUUCAACACCUAGACCAACCCGACCUCCGUACUCCCGUCGUCCAUCAUACCCAAGAAGACCUGAUUAUAACAGACCUGAUAAUAACAGACCUGACAGUAACAGACCUGACAGUAACAGACCUGUCAGUAACAGACCUGACAGUAACAGACCUGACAGUAACAGACCUGACAGUAACAGACCUGACAAUUACAGACCUGAUAGUAACAGACCUGAUAAUAACAGACCUGACAAUUACAGACCUGAUAGUAACAGACCUGACAGUAACAGACCUGAAUAUACCAGACCCCAAACUCGACCUACAACUUCUACGAGACGACCUGACCCCGUGACACCUAGAAGACCUCCUUAUAGAAGGCCCGAACCACCAAGAGAAGUCACUGUCCAACCUCCAGAGGACCCUGUUACUGUGGAAAAAGAGAAGGAUCCUGAAGGAACUUAUGAUAUUGAUACCAGUGAUAUACCAAAAGACAGGUGGACGAAUGUGAUUGGCAGGGAUAGGACGGAGAAACCAAACAGGGCAGAUCCGGACUUUGAUCCCAAUCAGUUGCACUGCUUAAAUGGAUAUGAGAGGAAUGCUCACGGAGAAUGUGUUGAUAUCAAUGAAUGCGAGAACAGUAGACACAUCUGCAGUAGUCUAGAGGUGUGCGAGAAUCGGCCAGGAGGGUACAUCUGCGAGUGUAUGGCGGGGUACAGAAGGGACACCACCGGCUGGUGCGUCGCCACCCCCAGCGCCACCCCCCCGCCUAGGACCACUUCCAGUUCUACUACUACCGUGGCGCCUGUUCCACCUCCUUACACGAAUCGUCCGCGCAGACCUCGUCCUCAAAUGAACUGCGAACUGGGGUACACCUUCGACCCGAACUCUGCCAGAUGUGUUGAUAUAGACGAGUGUGCGACGAACAGAGCGAACUGUUCUCCCGACGAGGACUGUGUCAACCACGAGGGGGGGUACCACUGCACGUGCGGCAGGAGGUGUCGACCUGACACCAACACCGAGCUCAAACCUAGUUACGUUCUGCCUCCCCGAGAGCCAACAGACUCGAACGUGAUCACGGUGGGCGCGCAGUAUGGGCAGCGUGGGCCGAGGUACCUACGCCCGUCAUUCUCCAGACUACCCAACACUGGGGCCAUCGUCUCCUCAUGCCCGUGGGGAUACAAGCUUACUGCAGACAAGAUGUGCUUAGAUAUUGACGAGUGCGCAAAGAACAUAUCGGAGUGUGGGCCGCAGCAGCGGUGCGAGAACUUCUACGGAGGAUACUCCUGUCAGUGUCCUCAAGGCCACAAACUGGCAGGACAGGACGGGUGCGAAGAUAUCGACGAGUGUCGGUAUGGCAAGCCCUGCGCCUACAACUCCCAGUGUAUAAACACAGUGGGCUCCUAUCGCUGCUCGUGCGGCGAAGGGUUCCGGAACGCGCCCUCUAAUGAGAAGGUCUGUGUGGACGUCGACGAGUGUGCUGAAACCCCCAGGGUGUGUGAGCAAGCGUGUGCCAACGUGUGGGGCGGCUACCGGUGUUACUGCAAACGGGGGUACAGGCUGGGGAGUGAUAAUAGGACAUGCGUGGACGUCGACGAGUGCGCGGAGUGGUCGUCGGUGCGGCUGCGCGGGCGCCUGUGCGGCGGCAGCUGCGUCAACGAGCCGGGCUCCUACCGCUGCGCCUGCCCCGCCGGGUACCGUCUCGGGGACGAUGGCGCCAGUUGCAUUGAUAUAGACGAGUGCGAGACAGGCGAGGCGACGUGCGCACACGCAGCCGCCGGGCAGGUGUGCCAGAACACGCGGGGAGGGUACCACUGCCAUACCAUCGACUGUCCGCACGGGUACCGGCUUGAGGCUAAGCACCGAUGUUCAAGAAUCCAGCGGCAGUGUCCCAUAGCAGACUGGAACUGCCUGCACCAGCCCAGCUCCUACAGCUACAACUUCAUCACAUUUGUCGCUAACAUCUACUUGCCAGAAGGCAGCGUGGACCUGUUCACAAUGCACGGGCCGGCGUGGUCGGAUUCUGUCGUGACCUUCGAAAUGAGGAUGGUCAACGUGCAGGCGUCUCCUGGAGUCAAACCUUUGGAACUCAGCUGUUUUGAUAUGCGUCCGUCACGCAACAUCUGCGUGAUAUCCCUGCUGUGUUCGCCCGAGGGCCCGCAGGUAGCCGAGUUGGAGUUAAGCAUGUCUCUGUACCAGCGAGGACAGUUGGCAGGCAGCGCUGUAGCUAGACUCGUAGUUAUCGUCAGCCAGUACGAGUUCUAAUACCGGGAAAUGGAGGAGCAAACCAACUUUGUAUUCUUUUUCAGUCGAAAUUUGACAGUGUAAGUAUUUAUUUAAAGCUGGCAAUAUAAGACAAAUCGUCACUUACCAACAGGUAAUAAUGUGGUCAAAUGUGCACCUUUAUUAAAAAAUAAACAUUUGGAAGGAAAAUAUACGAAUCUAUAUCUAUAUGACAAUUGGCGAAAGUAACAGAACGUUAAGAAAUGUAUUUAUUAAGUAAUAUACUUAUCUACUAAUCUCUCUUGAAACACCAUGAAAUAGCGGGAAAAAUGGAUAGUUUCCUAGGUCGAAGAUAAAUUACAAAAUUCUGAUUAUAAAGUAAACACAGAUCUAAUGAUUACAAAAACGUUUUAUAAUAAUUAUAAAGUUAUUUAUUUAGGUAAAAACUCAUCUAAAUAAUAUAAAAUAUAAUAAAAAUAAUAAAAUUUAUAUUUAACCUAUUUAAUGAAUUUUAAUAAAGAAAACUGUAAUAAGUGCGACAUUAUGUCACAUUGUUUUUCUAUGACGUCACAGAUUUCUUUUUCAUACAAGUCCCAUAAUUACGUGUUUUGACGUUUAGUAAAAAGUAACUUAUUUGACUACAUAAUUGGAAACUAGCCUAUUACUGCCAGAGAUAACAAAUCUUUUUACUUUUUAGACAAAGCUAUAUAUUCUGCCUACACGGAAAGAGUUUUUUAACGUAGACUGUUAGGAUAGACGUCCACUUAAGUACGUAGUAAUUUAUUUUUAAAUUGCUUCAAUUUAGAUGCAAGUUUUAUAAUGUCUAGAUGUUAAGUUGUAAAUUGAUAUUAAGUUAUGUUUAUAGGGUUCAUUAGCGAGACAUUACUAAACCGUAUGUCUUAGCUUUGUUUGCGAAGAGUCAAAGUCUAUCCUUAAAAGUUACCUAAUCAUUCAAGGACGUCAAUUGCUUAAAAAAAACGCCUAACAAUUUUAUUGUUAACGAAUAUUUGUAUUUUGUUUGUAAAUAAAACAAAUAAACCAUUAAUUUGGAAUA